UUGGCACGUGACAGCUCAAAAUGGCGAUCUCCGUAGUUGAGUAAAAUAGUAAAUAUUAGUAAAUGUUAAAAAACAAAUUUAUUAAACAGACCUUGUUAAAGGAUUAAAAAUGAUAAAUAAUAGAACUUACUUGGGAGCAGAUUUAACAGUUUUCCAGCGUCUGGGCGAUAGCAUCUAUACAAAAUAGUGAAAAUACAGAGCAUAUUCUACAAUAAAAAUAUUUUAAAAUUUUAAAAUGGAAACUGAAUACACAGUUCUAAAUUUUUUGGACGAUCACAAUGAUAUCGAAUGGAGGAAAAAAAUUGAAGAUUUAAUCAAAUAUUUUUGUAACAAUGUUUUUCUUGGACAAUGGGAAUUAGCUAGAUGUGCAGUCCCCAUUUUAAAUGAGUCAAAUGACGAAUCAUCAGAAAAUAUUGUGAAACCAGCAGCCAGCCCCAAAAAUGAUGAUCUAGGCAACAAAGAAAUAGAAAGGAAUAUGAAUGCCAAGAUCUUCACUAACAUGCUUAUUGAUGUUACACAAUACCCUUUUUCUCAAAGCCUAGGCUCCAGAAGUGUGCCAUCACCCCAUCACUUGUCAUGGCUGUGUAUACUGGCACUGAACACAGGACGCUCUCUAAAGGUGUCAGAUGAGCUUUGUAAAGAAGUGGAUUUUCGUUUGACACUUUCAAGUCUACAGGUUAAUGAUGUGUCUUUAUGCCAGGAGUUGUACACCUGUUUUAAGACAAGUUUGCAGCAAGCUGCAAGUUAUGGGUUGAAUGCUGAAUGCUCAGAAGUUUUAAAAAAAACACUGCAGCAGUCCCCAGCAUUAGGUGAUAGUCUCAUCAGAUCAUUGAUAGGCACUUCACACUCAGGCCCUAACUCAUCUAAUCCAAGUUUACAAGCCCUGUAUUUGGAAAGUGUGUCAAGUUUGCAGGAUGGUGAGAAGGUUUUGGAGAUCUUGUCCUACUACAGCCCCGAGCCCUAUCUCAACUACCUGCAGCUGCGGCAGCUGUUGACAUGUCUUGUGACAGCGACCUUGAACCACGCUCUCCCAGGUGUCACUGUGGAAACAUUGAUGUCGGCCAUGACAGGUCGCUCAACUUUCUACCUGCUAGAGGAGUUUAGCCAAAUCUUUCAAGAGGUGAGUGUUGUGAACCAGGGGAAAGAUGAUCUGAAGACCGAGGAAAGUUUUACUUUGCUGAGCAUGACUGGUGUGGACAGGGACAAAGCUUGGAGAGAUCACUUGACUUUCUGCUCCAGGAAGAGGCUUCACUUCAUCACUGAUCUUCUGGAUCUAAGCCUUGCCCUCGUCAAGGGAGGUAAGUUGCCAGAACUCCAGGAGCUGCUGAGUUAUCCCGAGCUCCAGCCCCUCAAGAGUCUGGUGUUGCUGAUGGGCUGGUCCCACUGUCUGACAACAGCUCAGGCCCAGAUGUUAGUGGACACACUGUGGGAUGACCAGGUUGACUCAUACAACCAGGCUCUAGGCAACUCUUGUAGAAAACUGGCCCAGCAUCUGGACCUGAUACAUUGGUGCAUGGACAGAGCCAAGCCUAUCCUUCCUGGUGUGGGUGUGGGAGCACCAGUGUAUGGCAGCCAGCUGUUGCAGGGGCUGGAGACGCACUCGGUGCUGCAUGUGCUGCACCACUCGGCCAGCCUGACAUCCCUGCACCACGCGGAGGUGCUGCAGCUUUUGACAAACACCUCCGCAGAAAAAAGGAUUGAAAAGAAGAAAAAGAGUGUCCAGUUUGAAGAUGAGCAAGCAGUUUUGUGCAGUGUGGAUGUUGAGCAGCUAAAAGAUGUGUCCACAUUCCGUGGCUACUGCGCAGUCAAAAAUGUCUUGGACGCGGCCUGGUUCUGUGGGCAGCAGGGGGACAAGCUGAUGAACCCCGUCAGCAUUCGGCGCUACAGUAGACACUUGGACAGGGCCUUUGAGCACCAGCUCAGCUCCAGUGAGGGGGAGGACUCAUGCAGCCCUGGGGGGGAGAGACACGGCAGCAGCCCUGGGGUGGGUGGCGGGGAAGAGUUUGUCCAAAGCUACGACCUCAAAGUCAGCAAAAAGCUGAGGGAAGCAAAAGAAAUGCUGUCAUUGCUGCAACCUUUGAACUAUCGUGUAGAGAUUCUGGAGAAUAUCUUUUCAAUUCUCUUUAUUUCCUACCAAGACUUGAUGGAUGAAGCCCUAGAUGUAGAGCUGGAGGAAGUGGUCCCUGACUGCACCAACACUUGUUCAGAAGAGGAGACACGCCAAACCAGAGCAACAGCAUCCAGCACCCAGCAUCCAUCCAGCACAUCCGCUGCUAGGCCGUUCAGCUUGGAUUAUGACAUUCCAUUUGUUGAUCCACCAUGUGGUGCCACACCCCAUAUGAGCCCAGCCCACCUUGCCCCUCCCCACUCAGCUGUGAGCCCCACCCCCGAGCAGGAUGUCUCUCCCAAAAGCUGCAAGAAGAAAAAGCGAAGCCCCUCUACAGGUCCUGUCCUGACUGGCUUUGUGUUGAAUGAAUACUUGGUCCGCGACAUCCUCCACCUGCUCAAAGAUGCCAUCUCAGACCUCAAGAGUGCCAGAAUUCUUCUGACAGGCACAAAGAAGACUGGCCUUGACCCUGUGGCUGAAGACUUGCUCACCAAGAGCCAGGGCUGCAGUGUGCAGCCUGAAGACUUGCCCAAACGGCUGAGUAAGCUGACGCAGGCUGUGCAUGAGGCCUGGUGGAGGUUCCAGCUGGUCAGUCACGAGGCCAUCCCACGCCAGGCCUUUCACCUCUUGACUGAGAGGAUUUACAUCUCUGACCAGGAGCUCUACGUCCCCCCAGUCUGUGAGAGUAGACCCACCCACUCAGGAGCUGACAGACAAGGGACGGCGCUAGCAAGUAACAUUGUUGAAAAAAUGAUUUCCUCCCCCCAAAGUUUACUGGUUCUCACAUUGAUGAAAGGCAGCCCGACCCAGGCAGCUCAAGUUAUGAAGCUGUUCCAUGUGACAGAGAAAAGUGCUGAAACCUGUGAAGUCAGUUUUGGUCAGGAGUUUCACACUUGUGCCAGCAAAAUUUGGAACUUGGAGAGCGAGGCUAGAGAGAAGGCGCUAGUUGGAGUGGGCAAGCGGAGCAUGAAGGCUCUCUCUAAGGCAGCAUCAGUGGGCGUGGCCACGGCCACCCUGUCCAAUCUGGUGGAGGAGCUGCUGGCCAGGCCCAGCCUGCCCCCUGUCCCGCGGCGCCAGCAGCUGGACGUGGUCUCUGUCCAGCUGCUAGAGCUGCUGUGUUGCUGGAGCAGGUCCUGGGAGUCCUGCUCCAACAUGCUGGACAUCUGCAAGGCCAAGACCACACUGCUGGACACUGACCCCAGGAGACCCCCCAGUGAGCAGCUGACCUCCCCCACUGUGGGGGUCAAAGCUUGUCUGGAGUUUGUCUGGUCCCUGUAUGAGCUGAUCCACUGCACUGAGAGCGGCCAGGACAUCCAGCAGCUGCUGCACUCAGCGCUCUCAACCUUCUCAGUCCCAGGCCUCAGGGACUUCGCCAUUGCCUCCCUAGAGACCAGAAGGUCAGUGGAGCGCGUCCAGGCUAUCCUCUCUUGUCAACACCACCUAGAUAUUCCACAUGAUGAAACGGCUGCCUCCCCCAGGGGAAGUGCUUCUAGUUUGUCUGGCAGUGACUCCAGCAGGUCUAGAUGCAGCGUGGAGGUGAAGCUGGAGACAGACAAGAACCAGCUGCAUGCAGCCAUCAAACAGCUCAUGUACACCAUGGAGAAGUUUGUGCCAGCUGUUGGCCUGACCCAGCUGCUUCACAGCAACAAAAGCCCACCUACCUUCAAGAACUACCUGCUAAGUUUGUACAAACACGCCAAAGAGAUGACCAACCUGCUGGCAGAGUCUGAGGGAUUAAGUCAAGAAGUUUCAAGCAACUAUUUCCAAGUCUUAGAGGAAGGUCCAAUCAAGAUUUUAGGGCGACUCCUGUUUGUCCGAAAGAUGCCACCAGCCAGACUUGAGCCUGUAGCUGAGAAAUUGAGUCUAAAUUUGACCCACACCAUUGUCUACACCUGUUGUCCCAAGAUUCCAAGCCGGAGGCAUCACUGGUCAGACGGUCAGAGUGGAGCAUCCAACAUGUCUAAUGGUACAACAUCCAACUUGUCAGAUGGUAGAACAUCCAUCAUGUCAGAUGGUACAACAUCCAUCAUGUCAAAUGGCACAGUGUCCACAAAUGUACAUCCAGAGAAACUUGUUGGACACAUUUUGAAACAGUUGAUCAAAGCAAUGAAAAGUGUGACUAAUGAGUCCAGUGCCAUGUUUGACCUGGCAUCUGCCCGCCGCCUGCUGACACUGGAGUGUUAUGCUGACAUCGUCCACCAGACCAGCCUGCUGCAGGUCGUUGACCUGACUCUGCUCCAGUCCCAGCAGGAGAGCCUGUGUUUUUUUGUCAACCUGUUCAAUCUCAUGAUGCUUCAUUGUCACUUGUCUCAUCUCACACACCAGGUACCUGGUGAAUAUCUUGAGCUCAGCGAGCACGGAGCAGCAGACAACAUCGCUUAUCUUGGCAGUUUCUCAUACUCAGUUGGUCAGAUGGGCCUAGUCAGUGUCCUUGACCUUCUGAGUCUGAUUUGCCCUGAAACUCUGCAACUUUCAAGUCACAUGACAGCUGCACGCAAAAUGGUGUCACCUGGGAAUGACCCGCUUAGGAAGCUGUGUCCAGUCAAUGACCCAUGGCUCAUGUUCGUCAUCAAUAUGGGAUGUGUGUCCUCACCUCCACUACAGGUUCUUGUGCCCGAUGAAGUGAAUUUAGAAAAAAGUUUGUCAACUUUUUUGUCACAAACUGUUCUGAUCUCUGUGGAACAAGAAAGGGUUGUGCUGCCCCAGCUGCUCCAGUGGAACCAAAGUUUGUUGGUGCCACAAGACGCCAGACCUGGGCCCACCAGCCUCCUACAGUGGACUUUGCCCUUUCUUCCAGCUGGGGCACAGAAACAGCUGGAGCAGCUGCUGAAGCUGGACAAUUCAGCCACCACAG